CUAUGUUUGUAAAAAAAAAAAAUCACCUAUUUUGUUUUUGGGAUGUUUAUGUGACACUCAAUGGUGUCAAAUAGGCAUCUAAAAGGAUAGUAGUAAUUGACAGCAAAGUGCUACUGUUUAACUAAAAAACUAACAUCUUUGGAUGCUGGGGUUUGGGGUGGAGCUAAAUUUAGCCUGUGUUGAAGAGGUUAUUAUAAUAUUUGUUGCAUGUGAUUGUGUACUACUAGUAAUUUACUGUGGGUGUGGACAACAGUGAGUAUAUGCGCAAUGGAGAUUUUUUGCCCACCAGGCUACAGGCUCAGCAGGAUGCAGUUAAUAUAGUUUGUCACUCCAAGACUCGCAGCAACCCUGAAAACAACGUGGGCCUCAUCACCAUGGCAAACAACUGUGAAGUCCUGACCACACUGACUCCAGACACAGGGAGGAUUUUAUCAAAGUUACAUGCAGUGCAGCCUCGUGGAAACAUCAGCUUCUAUACCGGCAUCAGGGUAGCACACUUGGCAUUGAAGCACAGACAGGGCAAAAACCACAAGAUGCGUAUCGUUGCAUUUGUUGGUAGUCCAGUGGAGGAUAAUGAGAAAGAGCUGGUCAAAAUGGCAAAACGUCUAAAAAAAGAAAAGGUUAAUGUGGAUAUCAUCAACUUUGGAGAAGAGGAGAUGAACACAGAGAAGCUCACGGCCUUCAUCAACACGUUGAAUGGGAAAGAGGGCAGCGGGUCCCAUCUGGUCACAGUGCCUCCCGGCCCCAGUCUGGCUGACGCACUGCUGUCCUCACCCAUCCUCGCCGGGGAAGGAGGUGCCGUGUUGGGUCUGGGCGCCAGUGACUUUGAGUUUGGAGUGGAUCCUAGUGCAGACCCAGAGCUGGCACUGGCGCUGAGGGUUUCAAUGGAAGAGCAAAGACAGCGACAAGAAGAUGAAGCCCGCAGAGCAGCUGUUAUGUCCACUGUUGAAACUGGCAUUCCUUCCCCCGUUGAUGAAUCUGAUGAUGCACUUUUGAAGAUGUCUGUUCCAAGUACAGACUCUGCCACACCCGCGUUACCAGAUUUCAGCCGCAUGACAGAAGAUGAACAGAUUGCCUAUGCUCUGCAAAUGUCCAUGCAAGGAUCAGGAGCAGAGUUUGGUGCUGAAGACAUGGACACUGGUGCUGACAUGGAUUCUGGCGAGACCAAGGAUGAAGAAGACUAUGAUGUGAUGCAGGAUCCAGAGUUCCUUCAGAGUGUCCUUGAGAACCUUCCCGGUGUUGACCCCAAUAACGAGGCCAUUCGGAACGCCAUGGGCUCCCUUGCCUCACAGACUGGCGCUAAACCUGACUCCAAGAAGGAUGAGGAGAAAAAGAAAUGAUUAACCUUUAGCUAUAGAUCGGGGUGGAGUUUAGGAUUGGGUUAAUUAAGAAAAACACUGGCUUUUUCAUGCCGGUCUCUAGUUCUUAACUCAAUAUUCCAUUAAUUCUUCCCUCUUUUUCAAGUUGCCAAAAAUGUUUACGUUUGAAUCUUUUGAGAAUACUACUUGAUUACAUUGAUUAAAUGUACAUAAUCCUAAA